UUGGGGGAAGCGAAACCAGGCAGGUAUGGAGGCCGCAGCCCUAAAGGUAGCUACGGAGCCAGACUGGAGAUACCAGGGUGGGAUUGAGGGGCGGGGACUGGAAGAAGGUAGCCGGGGCCUCCCAAAUCCCGGAGGAGGAAGAAGGUGAUUUGAGCUAUCAGCGAGGGAAGCGGAGACGAUCGCUGAGGAGCCAGAGCGCAGGAUGAGGAGUGGACGGAGGCCCGGGCCCAGGCGAAGAACUGGAAGGGGAAGGCAGGGGAUGGAGAUAUUUGGAUGGUAGUAUUGUUAAUACCCAACUCAGAGUGCCCCUACCCUUUCUCCAGCAUCCCAGCCCUGCCCUCCUGACACCCCCCAGCCUCAGGGCCCAAGAUGGGGUGGGGAAUCUGACUACCUCCCCCUUCCCCAGUGGGGUGCAAUGUUUGCAAGUAGGCCCAGGCAUAACUCCUUGUCUGUAGUGGAUCCGGGACCCAGGGAGGGCCGUCCUCCCGGCCUGGUGGCUCUAAGCAGGGCCCCCCAGCCCCCACCUCCUACUUCACGACAUGAACCUUCUCUACCGAAAAACGAAGUUGGAGUGGAGGCAGCACAAGGAGGAGGAGGCCAGGAGGAGCUCCAGUAAGGAGGUGGCUCCUGCAGGCUCGAUAGGGCCCGGGGCUGGCCCAGGGCCCGGGGUCCGUGUGCGGGACAUCGCCUCUCUGCGCCGCUCCCUCAGGAUGGGCUUCAUGACUAUGCCCGCCUCCCAGGAGCACACCCCCCACCCCUGCCGCAGCGCCAUGGCCCCUCGAUCCCUCUCCUGCCACUCGGUGGGCAGCAUGGACAGUGUGGGGGGUGGUCCUGGGGGAGGAGGUGGGGGUCUCACUGAGGACAGCAGCACACGAAGACCCCCGGCCAAGCCCCGGAGACACCCCAGCACCAAGCUCAGCAUGGCAGGGUCCGGGGCAGAGACGCCCCCUAGCAAGAAGGCAGGCUCACAGAAGCCAGCCCCAGAGGGCCGAGAGUCUAGCCGGAAGGUUCCUCCACAGAAGCCCAGGCGAAGCCCCAACACCCAGCUCUCUGUCUCCUUCGAUGAGUCCUGUCCCCCAGCUCCCUCUCCCCGAGGGGGAAACUUGCCCCUUCAGCGCCUCAGUAGAGGGUCCUGCAUCGCUGGGGACCCUGAGGUGGGUUCCCAAGAAGAAGAGCCAGUGUACAUUGAGAUGGUGGGGGAUGUCUUCAGGGGAGGAGGGAGAUGUGGAGGGGGCCUGACUGGGCCCCCUCUUGGGGGUGGGGGUCCGACCCCUCCAGCUGGCGCUGACUCAGACUCGGAAGAGAGCGAGGCCAUAUACGAGGAGAUGAAAUAUCCGCUGCUCGAGGAGGCAGGGGAAGGCCGGGCCAAUGGGCCCCCUUCGCUGACCAUCGCCUCCUCGCAACACCAGCCUCAUGCCCUCCAGCCCCACACCCACCAUCGUCCAGCCUCCGCCCUCCCAAGCCGGAGGGACGGGACACCCACCAAGACCACUCCUUGUGAAAUCCCCCCGCCCUUCCCUAACCUCCUUCAGCAUCGCCCUCCACUUCUGGCCUUCCCCCAAGCCAAGUCUGCUUCCCGAACCCCUGGCGAUGGGGUCUCAAGGCUACCAGUCCUCUGCCACUCCAAGGAGGCAGUGGGCUCUACCCCAGCUCCCCAAGUGCCUGCCCGAGAGCGGGAGACGCCUCCCCUACCACCGCCUCCUCCUGCUGCCAACUUGCUGCUGCUGGGACCCUCGGGCCGGGCCCGGAGCCACUCAACACCGCUGCCACCCCAGGGCUCUGGCCAGCCCCGGGGGGAGCGGGAGCUCCCCAACUCCCACAGCAUGAUCUGCCCCAAGGCGGCAGGGGCGCCGGCAGCCCCUCCUGCCCCAGCCACCUUGCUCCCUGGCCCCCCCAAGGACAAGGCCGUGUCUUACACCAUGGUGUACUCAGCAGUCAAGGUGACCACCCACUCCGUCCUGCCAGCUGGGCCUCCCUUGGGUGCUGGGGAGCCCAAGACAGAGAAGGAGAUCUCAGUGCUCCAUGGGAUGCUGUGCACCAGCUCAAGGCCCCCCUUACCUGGGAAGUCCAGCCCCCACAGCGGAGCCAUGGGCACAGCAGCUGGGGUUCUCCAUCACCGAGGCUGCCUGGCCUCCCCACACAGCCUUCCGGACCCAACUGCAAGCCCCCUCACCCCCCUCUGGACCUACCCAGCCUCAGCAGCUGGGCUUAAGAGACCCCCUGCCUAUGAAAGCCUCAAGGCUGGGGGGGUGCUGAAUAAGGGCUGUGGAGUGGGGGGCCCAUCCCCCCUGGUCAAGAUCCAGCUGCAAGAGCAAGGGACUGAUGGGGGUGCCUUUGCCAGUAUUUCCUGUGCCCACGUCAUCGCCAGUGCAGGGACACCAGAAGAAGAGGAGAUGGGUGCAGCGGCAUUUGGGGCAGGCUGGGCUCUGCAGCGGAAGGUCCUGUAUGGAGGAAGGAAGGCAAAAGAACUGGACACAGAGGCUGAGGAGAGUGCCCGGGCCUGGAAUGGCAGCACUGAGGGUCCAGCCAAGGUGGAGCGCGAGGACAGGGGUCCUGUGGCAUCAGGGAUCCCAGUGAGGAGCCAGGGGGCAGAGGGCCUGCUGGCCAGGAUCCACCACGGAGGAGACCGAGGAGGGAGCCGCACGGCGCUGCCCACACCCUGCCAGACCUUUCCGGCCUGCCACCGAAAUGGAGACUUCACCGGAGGCUACCGCCUGGGCCGCUCUGCCUCCACCUCUGGAGUCCGCCAGGCCGUGUUCCACACCCCCAGACCCUGCAGUCAGCCCCGGGAUGUCCCCAGCCAGGUGAGGAGGAAGAUGAGGUUGGGUUAUAUUUGUGAAGGGACAGAUAGAGAGGAAGGCCAGGAUGUGGAAAGAAAGGCAUGAAGUCAGGCUGGGCCCUGGCCAGACU